AUGAACAAUCGUGAUGAUCUGAUUGAGGCAUUCAUGAACGAAACACGCACCACGCAUAACACUACAACAGUUGCUUUUUGUGAAGGACAGCACUGGGAUUAUGACAAAUCACUGCAGUAUUACUACGACUGGGGAAAGAAUGAAGAUAAAGUAGAUGACUCGGAUGUGGAGGAGAGCAGAGAGUAUGAGGAGACCCUGUGUUGGCCAUUUUACGCCUUUGUGCUACCAGAUUUGUUUGAACAGCCAGCUGAUUUUAGAAAUUAUUUAGAAAAAGAUCUGAUUGAAACAGCGACUCUUAAACGGCUUGAAAAUUCUGGCCAUUUGAAUUGGUGGUGUUGGAAUGGUAGCGGACAGCGCAUGUGGCCUUUGAGUACCACCGGUGAUGGUAAUUGUCUUCUGCACGCAGCAUCACUUGGUAUGUGGGGUAUCCACGAUAGACAGCUGAUGUUGCGGAAGAUUUUAUAUGAGAUGCUGACAAGAGGAAGUAGACGCCAUAUACUUUGGCGGCGUUGGCGUUGGGCGGAAAGUCAAUCAAAUUUGCAGUCAGGCCUUGUUUUAACGGAUGAAGAAUGGCAGCGUGAAUGGGACAAUGUUCUGCACAUGGCUGCAGCAGUUCCGAGAACUUUUACUACUUCGGAAAAUAAUGAACCUGACAAGAGUGAAGGUGCUGAACAAGUUUAUGAAAGUCUGGAGUCCAUUCAUGUCUUUGCACUUGCUCAUAUUCUCAAGCGUCCAAUUAUUGUUGUGUCGGAUACUGUACUUCGGAAUGCUGUCGGUGAAGAACUUUCUCCCAUUCCAUUUGGUGGAAUUUAUUUACCUCUGGAAUGUCCUUCAAAUCAGUGCCAUCGUUCACCACUUGUUCUUUGUUAUGAUUCGGCUCAUUUUUCAGCUCUAGUUACAAUGCGUCACACAACAUCAAAUUCUCUGCAGUCCAUCAUUCCAGUCACCGAUAGGAACCAUAUUCUGCUUCCUUUGCAUUUUUCCGUUGACCCAGGACCAGACUUCACUUGGUGGAAAGAUUCGGAAGAUGCCGAAAUAGCGGAAAGGAUCGAACUAAAUGAAGCUGAUAAACUUUCACUUAUCUGUGAAUAUAUGGAUAUUGUCAAGAUUCCAGUUCGCCGAUACUCAUUUCGUCAUAACUUGACUGGGACCGGAUUGGUAAGCGGUGAGGAAGGGAGAAAGUCAAUGACAUUAUCGUGUGGUGAUGCCUUCGUUACUAAAGAUCACUCCGCGAGGUUAUUAAGUGAAAUAGCUCAACAAAUCAAAAAACGGCUGAAAAUAGGACGCAAAAAAAAGAAUCAGCUGGUUGAUGCAGAACCGGUUACAAUAUCAGAUUUGCGAUGUGUAAAUCUUGUUGUAGCUGCGCGGUUACAUUCUCAUGCUCAUCAAUACAUGAAACAUAUGGUGGAUAAUUAUUUAUGUUUAGCGAAGGAACGUUUUGAACAAUUGAAAAAUGCUCCUGAAACGAUCUCGCGCCAGCGUGCCGGAUUAUCGCAUUCUUUCAGUACUUCAUCAUUACUGGUAACUUGUAUCAAUAAACAAUGCCAGAAGAACGCUUCGCAGUCAACGAACUUUUUAUGCAAUGAUUGCUUUGAAUACCAAAAGCAAUUGAUGGCCUCGUUCGGAUGUUCACAACCGGGACAUUUGCGCUCUCUUCGCUCGUGCCUUCGAACCACCUUGCAAAACCCAUCAGAUUUAUCAUCCCGAACAGGUGGUUCCAUUAAAUCCAGUACAAUGCCGUCCAUUAUGAUAUCAUCAAAAACUGCUUCUUAUACAGACAGUAAAGAAUUGAGGAAUGCUGGAGAUACAUCGGGUCAUACUUCAGAUCCUGUAUCUAUUCCAGUUAGAGCUGGUGGCGGUAUGCAAGCAUUGCAAUCUCAUUCUCCUCGCUCUGAACAUACAGCUGCUGGUUGUGAAGGAAUUGUUCAUACGGUAGCUGUUCAUUACACACAUACUCCAGCCGAAGAUAUUACUACCAAAGUUGCAUCCAUAGAAGGAGCAAAUGGAGUAACUCAUUACUAUAUUUCACAGUAA